AUGUCUCGCCGCUACGAUUCACGAACAACCAUCUUUUCGCCCGAGGGCCGUCUCUACCAGGUCGAAUACGCUCUUGAGGCCAUCUCUCACGCCGGAACUGCUCUGGGUAUCUUGGCCAAGGAUGGCAUCGUCCUCGCCGCCGAGCGCAAAGUCACCAGCAAGCUGCUCGAACAAGACACAUCCGCCGAGAAGCUGUAUACCUUGAACGAUAACAUGAUCUGCGCCGUCGCUGGCAUGACCGCCGAUGCCAACAUCCUCAUCAACUACGCCCGCUCGGCCGCCCAAAACUACCUCCUUACCUACAACCAAGAGAUUCCUUGUGAACAACUCGUCCGCCGCUUGUGCGAUCUGAAGCAGGGUUACACUCAACACGGUGGUCUUCGUCCCUUUGGUGUAUCGUUCAUCUACGCCGGCUACGACGACCAGCGCCAAUUCCAACUCUACCAGAGCAACCCCAGUGGCAACUACGGCGGAUGGAAGGCAACCAGUGUUGGCGCCAACAAUGCCAGUGCUCAGAGUUUGCUCAAGCAAGAUUACACCGACGAGUGCUCGCUGAGAGAGGCUUGCGGUCUGGCCGUGAAGGUCUUGAGCAAGACUAUGGAUUCCACAAACCUCAGCAGCGAGAAGAUCGAGUUCGCCACUGUCGGCAGAACAAAGGAGGGUACAGUCUACCACCACCUCUGGGGCGCCGAGGAGAUCGAUGCUCUGCUCAAGGAGCACGGCCUGACCAAGCCCGUAAGCUCGGACGACGGCGCGGCUGAGCAGACCGUCAUAAACUAG